AUGACGUCCAUCUCAUCUAUACUUGCUACCGCAUUUAGAGUUGCUUCAUUUCUCUUUCUUAGAGUGAUCCCCUCUCCGCUGCUACAAUCUGCUAUUCCAGCGUUGCUCUCCUUAUAUCUGUUAUCUGCCAACCUCUCAUCUAAACCAGCUCGGGGCAAUGUCAAUCCUGCAGCAGCAGUUCUUUUCUCCCUCAGGACCCCUUCGCGAAUUAUUCGAUGGACCAAUAUUGUCAUAAAUUCCUUGAUAAUGCUUGCAUUCCUUGAUUUCUGCGUUUCUCCCUAUUUCGAUCAUGCAAGCGACGUUGUGUUCUCUAGAAUGGGAGCAGUAUCAGAUAAGAGCGCAAAGAUACUCGUCAGAUACCCCAACCUCAAUGAAACGAUUCAACUCAUUUGGAGAGAAUCAAAACCGAAUGCAGCAUGGAACAAGGGGGAAAUUCUGAAUUUGUCACAGGAAAAUGACUGGGCUGACACCGUGACGCUAUCGAGUCUCUGGCCCAGCACCAAGUACGAAUACGCACUCGUCGGUGCCAACGCUUCCUUCCUUGCUUACCCGGGUUCCCCUUUGGCAUUUCGUACCUUCCCUGAUCCUCAUCUCCCUGGUGGAACACAUUUUCGCUUUGUGGCAUCUUCUUGCAUACUUCCAAAUUUCCCUUACGCUCCCCUGCAACGCCGUAGAAUUAAAGGUUUUGACCUUCUUGCAGAGUACCUGUUCCCCUCAUCACCAGCUAUUAGGGCCGUGAAUUCGACUACUGACCGUAACGAUACCGGCACUCCCAAUUCGGAGGAGGCUCUGAAUGUACCUACGACGCUUCCGCCAUCUUUCUUACUUUUCCUGGGCGAUUUCAUUUACGCCGAUGUCCCUAUCUACUUCGGAAACCACAAAGAGAGCUACCGGCGCCUUUACCGAAGAAAUUACCAGAGCUCAAGCUUCAGAAAAAUAUACGAAAGACUUCCGAUGUUCCAUACCUAUGACGAUCAUGAAAUCAUCAACAACUUCUCAGGCGCCGGUAACGAUUCGACACUGCCGUAUCCCAGCGCCUCAGAUGCUUUCCAAAUCUAUAACGCCAACGGAAAUCCCUCACCCCCUCAAUCAACCAAGUCGCUCGAUCAUACCCCAUACUACUAUGACUUCCACUACGGCGAUGUGGCAUUUUUUGUGAUGGACACUCGAAGAUAUCGCUCAUUCCCAACCGACCCUUCAGAGGAGAAGACAAUGCUAGGUGAAGAACAACUGACCAGAUUGCUUGAUUGGCUGGGAAAAACGAACAGUACCGCCACAUUUAAAUUCAUUGUGUCUUCUGUCCCGUUCACCUCGCUCUGGGGUCAUGACGCGCAAUACGAUUCAUGGGCCGGGUUCGUGAACGAAAAGCAGACUAUCUUGAACGCUAUGUACAGUGUCCCGAAUGUGUUUGUGAUUACUGGCGACCGACAUGAGUUUGCUGCUAUUGAAUUCGCUGCCCCAACCCAAUCAAGUUUUGCGGUCACCGAAUUUUCCACAAGCCCGUUGAGCAUGUUCUACAUCCCGAUCUAUCAUACACUCAGCAUGCAAAGCGCCGAGACCUUCACCAGAAAGGUAGUGAAAGAAGCGCCUUCCGUGGAUGCACCUAUUCCCGCCCCCGAGAGUCUGCCUGCUAUCCCUUCUGAUGAAGCUACUGUAGUCCAAUCAGACGGAAUCCCAGUAUCUACAGAAUCUUCGGUGCAAGUUCCUCCUACCUCUUCUGAAUCGGCCAAUGAGCAGAACGUUGAAAAAACAGAAACAGAAUUUGUUAUUGAAGAGGUCCCCAAAGAGCGAGUGAUCAAGUACAUUCCUGAAGGAAAUUACAAGUGGUCAUCAAUAGAGGUUGAUACCAGAAAACCUGAACGACCAACACUGAAUUUGGAGGUCGUGAUCGAUGGAAAGCCUAGCUAUCAGUACGAAGUGGUCGGCGUCCCAGUCAAGUUGCAAGGAUCGACUGCCUUGGGUGCAUUUGUCACUACUAACAUGAAGGACAUACUGAAAAAGAUUGGAUUGCAACCUGCCAAGUGGUUUUAG